AUGCUGUCCCACCUCAAAUCCAUCACAGACCCCCUCCUGGACCCCCUGCAGUUUGCCUACAGAGCCAACAGGUCAGUAGAUGAUGCAGUAAACAUGGCUCUCCACUUCAUCCUACAGCACCUGGACUCCGCAGGAACCUACGCCAGGAUCCUGUCGCACCCUUUGGAUGAUGCUGGAUUCUUCUCCUUCAUGUCAUUCUCAUGGAUGACUGGCAUGAUGUGGAGACAGUUCAGAGGAAAACUUGACAAGAAUGCUCUGUUUUUGUCACCUCACGAAAGUUCUGAUACAAACGGGGAAAGGUUUCAGAGGCUUUGGGAGGAAGAGGUAGCCAAGAAGGGCAUUGAAAAAGCGUCUUUGGAACGAGUCAUCCUGCGCUUUCAAAGAACAAGAUUAAUAAUUUCAGGCAUCACUGCUAUCUUUGUCACCAUCUCAGUUUUCGUAGGACCAGCUAUUCUGGUUCUCAAACUUCUGGAAUAUAUAGAAAGUGAAAAUACUGCACUUGUAUAUGGCAUUGGCCUCUCUGUUGCCCUUUUCUGUACUGAAUUCUGCAAAGCCAUCUCCUUUUCACUGCUGUGGGCAAUUAAUUUCCGAACAGGCAUCAGAGUCAAGAAUGCUUUUUCAAUGCUAGCAUUUCAGAAGAUUAUUUCUCUCAGAGCACUCAACACCAUCUCUAUGGGAGAGGUCAUAAAUGUCCUUGCCAGUGAUGGGUAUCGGAUGUUUGAUGCUGUUGUAUUCGGUACCUUCAUACUCUGCAUACCUGCUCUGGUGAUCAUGUGCAUUGCAUAUUCUUGCUAUAUUCUGGGAUCUACUGCGCUCAUCGGAGUCUUUGUCUAUCUAAUUUUUAUUCCUAUACAGUUUGCAAUGGCCAGAUUGAUUGGUGUGUUCAGAAGGAAAGCUGUAUCUAUAACAGACAUACGUGUUCGUACCAUGAAUGAGGUUCUUUCCUGCAUCAAACUUAUCAAAAUGUAUGUGUGGGAAACUUCAUUUGAGAAGAAAAUAACUGAUGUCAGAAAACGUGAGAAAAAACAUUUGCAAUCUGCUGGCUACAUUCAGAGUGUGAACUCCUCGAUAACAACCGUCAUUCCUGCUGUUGCUACCAUAUUCACAUUUGUCACCCACACAGCAUUGAGGCUUCCCCUGAGUUCGUCAAUUGCCUUCACCAUCAUUGCCAUUUUCAAUUCCAUGAGAUUCUCUUUGGGCCUCCUUCCAUUUUCUGUCAAAGGCAUAGCUGAAGCAAAAGUGGCUUUAACUCGCUUAAAGAAAAUCCUCAUGAUUGAGAAUCCAGAACCAUACUUGACCCUGCAACCAGGAUCAAUCAAUGCUUUGGUGAUGGAAGAAGCCUCAUUCUCCUGGGGCAAGCCUGAAGGAGGCUCAGAAGGUGCAAAGGACAAAGAAAAUUCACAGAAGAGUCCCGAAAUAGAACUCAAGGCCCAGAAUGGGACAUGCAUUCCAGACAAGGCUGAAGGAAAUGUAAUACUUCAAAACAUCUCUUUUACACUGAAGAAGGGAAGUCUACUUGGAAUUUGUGGGAAUGUGGGGAGUGGAAAAACGUCAUUACUGUCAAGCAUUCUAGAGCUAAUGCACCUGCAACAUGGACGUGUGAUCGUUGAUGGAUCAUUUGCUUAUGCAUCCCAGCAAGCUUGGAUAUUUCAUGGAUCUGUGAGAGAUAACAUUCUCAUGGGAGAGAUGUUUGAUGAAUGCAGGUAUAACAACACUCUUCAGGCCUGCUGUCUUAAGCAAGACUUGGAAAUUCUUCCUUACGGUGAUAUGACUGAGAUUGGUGAAAGAGGCUUGAACCUGUCUGGUGGGCAAAAGCAGAGAAUUAGCCUAGCCAGAGCUGUCUACUCCAACAAAGAUAUUGUUCUCCUGGAUGACCCUCUCUCUGCCGUUGAUGCUCAUGUGGGGAAACACAUCUUUGAGGAGUGCAUCAAGAAUGAGCUGAGAGGAAAGUCUGUGAUUCUGGUGACCCAUCAACUGCAGUAUCUAGAGUUCUGUGAUGAUGUUAUGCUCCUUGAAAAUGGUGAAAUCAAAGAGAUGGGAACACAUUGUGCUUUAAUGGAAUCUAAAGGUCGAUAUGCAGAGCUGUUCAAUAAUUUCAAUUUGGAACAGUCAGAAGAAGAAUCAAAUAAGGAAGACUCCAAAAUGGAAAUUGAGUCUAAAGAACGAAGAGGAAAUAGCUUUGGUGGAGUAGAAAAUCCAGCAUUUGAUAUGUCAGAUGAGAUGGAUGAACCGAAAGGUGCCAAUGACAUGAAAGAGUCAAAUGAUCAGCUUGUUACACAAGAGUCCUCCCUUGAAGGUUCAGUAACAUGGAGGACAUACCAUCAGUACUGCAAAGCUGCUGGAGGGUAUAUAUUGGCGCUGCUGAUUUCAUUCAUUUUCAUCCUGCAUGUCGGGACAACAGCCUUCAGCAGCUGGUGGCUCAGUUACUGGUUUAAGCAAGGAUCAGGGGUUAAUUCCUCUAACUCAUCAGGAGACAGUGGCGACAUUUCACAGAAUCCGGAUCUUAGUUUUUACCAGCUUAUUUACAGUAUGACCAUUGUGGCAAUGAUAGUGCUUAGCACUGUCAAAGCAUAUUCCUUCACCAAAGUCACUUUGCGUGCUUCCUCCAAACUCCAUGACAAAAUGUUUGAAAGGGUCCUUUGGAGCCCGAUGAGCUUCUUUGAUACCACACCCAUUGGCAGGAUUGUGAAUCGGUUUUCCAAAGACCAAGAUGAAGUUGAUACCGCCCUGCCCUUCCACUCAGAGAACUUCCUACAGUUCUGCCUAUUGGUGACAUACACCCUUGCCACUAUCUCAGCGGUAUUCCCUGAACUUCUCAUUGCUGUUGCCGUUCUGGGGGUCAUCUUUGCUGCCAUUUUAUAUGUUUUCCAGAGAAGCAUAAGAGAGAUGAAACGAAUGGAGAAUAUUAGUAGGUCUCCGUGGAUCUCCCUUACAACAUCAACAAUUCAAGGACUUACAACCAUCCAUGCCUAUGACAAGAGGAAACAAUACAUAGAGCUGUUUAAGGGAAUGACUGAUAGAAAUUCAAACCACUUUCUGUUGUUCAACUGCGGAAACAGAUGGCUGUCCUUCAGGCUGGAUUUCCUUUCUGCUUUCGUCACAUUGUUUGUGGGUUUAUUUGUUGUGCUGGGCCCAGACUCCAUCAGUCCAGCAUUGAAAGGGCUGGCUUUGUCAUACACAACCCAGUUAACGGGAAUGUUGCAGUUUACAGUGAGACUGUCAACAGAACUGGAAGCAAGGUUCACCUCUGUAGAAAGGCUUCAGGAAUAUAUUAUGGACUGUGUCUCAGAAGCUCCAAGAAAGCUGAAAGAUUCUGCUAUCCCAGACGGAUGGCCCAUGAAUGGAGCCAUCACUUUCCAGGGCUAUCAGAUGAGGUACAGAGAGAACACUCCCAUUGUGCUGAAUGGACUGAAUCUGAAAAUUGCAGCAAGAGAAAAGAUUGGCAUUGUAGGAAGAACGGGAUCUGGGAAGUCGUCACUUAUAACGGCUCUGUUUCGACUUGUGGAGCCAGCUGGAGGAAAGAUCUUAAUUGAUGACAUAGACACCAGCUUAAUCGGUUUGGAAGACCUACGAAGUAAACUGUCAAUUAUACCCCAAGAUCCAGUAUUAUUUGUUGGCUCAGUAAGAUACAAUCUUGAUCCUUUUAAUAACUACAGUGAGGAGGCGAUCUGGCAAGCACUGGAGAAAACAUACAUGAAAGAAACAAUAUCCAAGCUGCCUGAAAAGCUGGAAUCUAAGGUAGUAGAGAAUGGAGAGAACUUCUCUGUGGGAGAACGGCAACUGAUCUGCAUGGCCAGAGCCCUCCUCAGGAACUCAAAGAUAAUUGUAUUGGAUGAAGCCACUGCCUCCAUAGACUCGGAGACAGACAGUCUGAUUCAGCACACAAUCCGAGAGGCUUUCCGGGACUGCACUAUGCUGACCAUUGCUCACCGUAUCAUAAAUGUGAUGGACUGUGAUAAGAUCCUUGUCAUGGAGAAUGGAAAGGUCAUGGAGUUUGACAAACCAGAGGUUUUGCUGAGAAGACCAGACUCUCUGUUCGCUUCACUUCUGGAAGCUAGCAGUAAAGUUAAGACAUGAUUGGCACUGAAAUGGGGGUCGGGAUGGAGUUAAGCUCAGAGGAAAGUCUGCAAUGAUAUCUUCCAACUGAAGUGAUGACUGGAUUGCUUUAACUGAAGAGGUUUACUUUUUCAAACUGUUCAAUGUUUAACUUGAAUAAAUGUAUUCAUGAAGUAUUAGGGUAUGUAGAGACAAUCUUAAAAAACAGUUAUUCUUUGGUGUAUACAAUAAAUAUGAAUGUAUUAUUUAAGCACUCAAUGUUGGUUCAUGAUGUGACAUCAUUACCAUGCAUGUCUCAUAUACCUGUAAAGUGGUUCUAUGGUGAUGACGUAGCAGGGAGUUUGCCACAUUGAUCUGGCCUGUCCACACCUGAUGGUAGUGAACAAAGUGCAAGCUUUCUCAGGAUUUAAGGGAAGUCCAAUUAUAUGUUCAAGGAAAAUUGCUUAAUCUCACUGUGGUUAAUGAAUUCCUUAAGGAAUUUGACAGGUAUAUACCGUAUGUGAUUGCGUUACAUGCUAAAUACUGCACAGGGCUAAGCUUGGUUAACCUUUGGCUAACUUUAGUCUGCCCAUGAAGCACUUCUUGCACGCUGACCCUUUUUUCUUUCCGUAGCCUACAAUAUGACCUCCAGUCAUUUCU